AUGAGCGCGAUUGAUGCUGACUCAAUUAUGAAGCACAUCAUGGAUGGAUGUGCGCCAACAGUUGAUGAAAUCAACUGGAUUAACAUCAAGGCAAAACAAAUGUUCGAGAAACUUCCGAAUGUCGUUUCUGUUCAACCACCUAUCACAAUCUGUGGUGAUAUUCAUGGUCAGUUCAAAGAUCUCAUGGAACUUUUCAAAAUUGGUGGCUCUGUUCCAAUGACAAACUACUUAUUCCUUGGUGAUUAUGUUGAUAGAGGUUCACAAUCAAUCGAAACAGUCUCAUAUCUCUUCUGCCUUAAAUUAAAGUAUCCAAAUAACAUCACUCUCCUCCGUGGUAACCAUGAAAGUGCUGGUAUCUCUCAAAUUUUUGGAUUUCGUGAUGAAGUUAUUGCUAGAUACGGUAACGAUGAUGUUUGGCAAACAUAUACAAAUACAUUCAACUUCCUCCCACUAGCUGCUAUUGUUGGUGAUAAAAUACUUUGCGUUCACGCUGGUCUUUCACCAAGAAUCAAAACAAUCGACGAUAUUCAAAAACUCGAUCGCUUCAGAGAAAUUCCACAUGAGGGCCCUAUGUGCGAUUUAAUGUGGAGUGACCCUACACCAACUCCUGGUUUCCAGCCAUCUGCCAGAGAAGCUGGCUAUCAAUUCGGCCCAGAUAUUACUGCAGGAUGGAACAAGGAGAAUGGUCUUGAACUUACAGCUCGUGGCCAUCAAUUAGUUAUGUCUGGUCUUGAAUAUGGUCAUAACAAUCAAAUUGUUACUAUUUUCUCAGCUCCUGAUUACUGCAGACGUUGCGGAAAUUCUGCUGGUAUCCUUGAGCUUGAUGAGAAUAUGAAGCGUAAGGAAAUUCGCUUCGAAACUCCAAAAGAAGUUGACGAAGAAGCUGACCAGAUUCCAAAGUACUUUAGCUUUGACCUUCCAGAGGAUGAGUAA